CCUCCUCCUCCACCUCCCCCGCACCGUCCCUCCGGCGGCGGCGGAGCCCCGCGCGCCGGCUCGGCCACGAUGCAGCCGGUGCCGGGCGCCGCACCCACCUCCUCCUCCUCGUUCGGCGACGCCCGGCUCAAGCCCCCUUCCCCUCCCCCCCGCCCUUGGCACUCCCACCUCUCCUAACUCCCUCCCCUCGUCUCCCCUCCUCUACGUGCCGCCUCACCCAGCUAACCCCCUCUCCCUCACUCGCCCCUGCCUCGCCGCCCCUUCCGCGGCAUUUCUCGACCACCAUCUGCGCAUCCGUUGAUCGGCGACUGACCCCACCCAGCUCAGCUCAGCACCUCAGUGACAAGCGACUCCAUGGGUGAUUUGGCUUGUGAUUCUGAAAGAGUGCUGAUGGAGGCUCACGGUGCCUCUUCUCUCUGCAAGGAUGACAUGGUUCUGCUGGAGGAGGCACUUCCUCCAGCAGGGCAGACUCCAGGUUCUUGUGUGGAACUCCGUCAUAACCAGGAGGGAACUCAUAAACAAGCAAGGGAUGCUGGUUCUUUGGACAAUGAAGUUGAUAUCUCAGGUUCUCCCAGCUCAGGAAUAAAGAGAGGCAAAGGAGGUGAUGGGAACUCCCGUGCAAUCUCCGAUCACAGUGAACCAAACGCCUCUUCAACUUAUGAGCGCUUGCCGUCCUUUCCGUCGACGUCAAGGCUUCUCGUCUCUGCUAUGAAAGGAGGCCGCGAGAGAAGCGGCGGUGAAGCAUCGCCAACUGGAGCCUGCCGCGUGAAGUGGGCCCCAGAUGUAUACGACCCCCCGGUCACCUCUGUCGACCACACGGUGAAGGGCCACCAACAGCGCUCCAGGUCCAGGAAGAAGGACAAGGGCAAGCAGAAACAGAAGCAGAAGAAGAGGAAGUCGUGCGGGAACGGCAAGAAGAGCGGUGGCCUCCAUGAUGCCGCCCACAACCCGCCUGCUCUCGACGUGCCCGGGCCAUCUUCCCCCGACGAACUAGGCUUAGGCGAAGUGAAGGAGGCUGAGGUGCUGGACUACAGCGCCUUCGACGGUCAAGAGCCCAAGUGCGGAGGCGGCUUCUCACACGAGAUCGCCGCGGCGCGGACGUGUUUCCCCGCCGCCGAGGCGUCAUGAGCGCCGACGGUGGCCCGGGACCCCGGACCCCGGAGGAGGUGUAGAUAGAUACGGUUGGUGUACAUAAAUAAGAGAAAUCCAGGCUGUGUGAGAUGAGAUGAGAUGCCCUUUCUAUAUAAGCUUUUGGCUGUGGCAUCCUUUAUUGGUAAGUAGUGUAGUGUGCUACACGUUGUGUGCUGCUGUUUCGUUUGUAGCCACGGACUGAUGAGAUCUGAAAAUAAUUGAAUCCUCUUUUGAGGGA